GAUAGGGGAAGUUCUCCUUUACUCCCAACAGCGGGACGGACGACGGGAGAGAGGCACAGGAAGGGGUAGCGGCGGCUAAUCCCUCUCACCCGUCCCCCUCCUCGCUGCUAUAGCGCAAAUGGCGAGAUCGAUCAAAUAGGGAGAUUAUCCUGGCUUUGAUCUCUCGAAGCCGCGGCUCUUUGGAUUAUCCUAGGUCGAUUCCCCCUGCCCGAUUGUUUCGCGUGGAUCGUUGAGGAAUGGCGGAUAAGAGGCUGCAACCGUUUGAGAAGAAGACUGAUGGGUUGUUCCUCCUACCCUUUCCAGAACUAAGCUUUUCAUGGAACCUCCAUGAGGGAUUCUACCCCACUGGUGGCUUGUUUGCGAGUGUUGGGCAGAUGGGAGUCGGUUUUGGGGUUUCUCCUAAUACUUCUAAUCCUACAAAUAACAGCGUUAAGGUGUCAGGGACCGAUCUCUACAUGAAGUAUGUGUCGCCGGAGGUUGGGUAUCGUGCUCUUGAGACUCCUGCUGCUGAUCCUGCUGAAACAGUAGCGGAAGCAACUGAUGUUGCGGAGGAAGUAGUGGUUAAAAAGGAGAAGAAGAAGGGAGGGUUGAAAAUAAGGAUUAGGAUAGGGAAUCCCCACUUUAGAAGGUUGUUCAGUGGAGCAAUUGCUGGGGCGGUGUCACGGACUGCGGUUGCACCGUUGGAAACGAUCAGGACACAUCUUAUGGUAGGAAGCAAUGGGAACUCGACGACAGAAGUCUUCCAGUCUAUAAUGAAUACUGAGGGGUGGAAAGGGCUGUUCCGUGGAAAUUUUGUUAAUGUGAUCCGUGUUGCACCAAGCAAGGCGAUUGAGUUGUUUGCUUAUGAUACAGCUAAGAAUGCUUUGACUCCUAAGGAUGGAGAACAACCCAAACUUCCACUUCCCCCCUCACUUGUUGCUGGGGCCGUUGCUGGAGUCAGCUCAACCCUCUGUACGUAUCCAUUAGAGCUACUCAAAACUCGACUAACCAUACAGAGAGACGUCUAUGACAAUCUUUUACAUGCUUUAUUGAAAAUCAUACAAGAGGAAGGUCCGUCGGAGCUGUACAGAGGUCUCACUCCGAGUCUUAUAGGGGUCGUGCCGUAUGCUGCCACCAACUACUUUGCAUAUGAUACCCUCAAGAAAGUUUACAAGAAGACCUUCAACACGGACGAUAUAGGCAACAUUGCCACACUUCUGAUUGGUUCAGCAGCUGGAGCCAUAUCGAGCAGUGCCACUUUCCCACUUGAGGUUGCUCGGAAGCAUAUGCAAGUCGGAGCUGUCGGUGGUAGGCAGGUGUACAAGAACAUGCUACAUGCUCUCCUGAGCAUACUGGAAAAGGAAGGGGUUGGGGGUCUUUACAAAGGGUUGGGGCCAAGUUGCAUGAAGUUGGUGCCUGCUGCAGGCAUCUCAUUCAUGUGCUACGAGGCGUGCAAGAAGAUCUUGAUUGAUGAGGAAGAUGCAUGACUCCAAUGCAUUCUCAUCGUAUAGAGUAUGGAACCAUGCAAAGUGAGAUUUCAAGCUCUCACUCGGCAAGUUUUCUUUGAUUGCAGCUCUUCGGAAUCCUAAUGCAGCUGCCAGGGACAUUUAGAUUCUCACAUGUAGCUGUUUCUUAAUUUCUUCGUGCUUUUUAAUGUAUUUUAUUUUUCCUGAGAACCCAUUGGAACGUUAAAUAUGAUAUUUGAAAUGUUAAGGUUGAUGCUGGAAAAUUCAACUGGAGACAAUAAAAUUAGAUUUCAAUGUUAA